CCAUGUCCAACAACAUGGCCAAGAUCGCCGAAGCCCGCAAGACGGUGGAACAGCUGAAGCUGGAGGUGAACAUCGACCGCGUGAAGGUGUCGCAGGCGGCGGCCGAGCUCCUGGCCUUCUGUGAGGCUCACGCCAAAGACGACCCGCUGGUGACACCAGUGCCUGCCGCCGAGAACCCCUUCCGCGACAAGCGCCUCUUUUGCGUCCUGCUCUGA